AGAGAAGUCACUCUGCAGACCCCUGAUCGUCAGGUAAAGGCCAGCCGAUUCUUCACAUAUUGAUCUUUUUCUUGUCGUCUGUCUCAGACCAAGAGGGGAAUGAACUUAAACAUGCAUCUAAAAAUUGUGAUCUUCACCAUGUCAUUCCUGACAACUUCAGCAUACCCUCUCCACCGUCACACCAGGGAGGCAACCUGGACCGAUUCAAAGGCCAACCAGGCUCAUGACAAGACAGAACUCACAAAAGAUGUCGAGAAUAUCUACAAGAGCCACAUAGACAGCAGCGGGCUUUACAACCCAGACGACGACAACAAAAACCCCGUGGCAGAAGACAUGCAACGCAAGCUCAACAUGGAGUCGGAGCGGCUGCGAACCCGUCUGCGCCAAGAGCUGGCCGAGCUCCGGGAGAGGCUGUCCCCGUCUCCGGGCCACCUCAGCUCCACCCUGGCCAGCAUGAGGGAGCGCCUGGCUCCCCUCACCCAGCAGCUCCAGAGCUCUCUCAGCAGCAACACCCAAGACCUGUGUGGCCAGCUGAGCCUCUAUCUGCAGGGCCUGGAGACGGCAGAGGCCCAGGCAGCUGCCAGUCCGGCUCUGUACCUCGAAGCCUUCCACUGGAUGAGCCAAACCCUGGAGCACAGCAGCUCCAAGGUGGCUGACCUCAUCAGCGACUUCCACACUAAAACCAUCGGGGUGAUCGAACAUCUGAAACAGAUCAGCGGUGGCGAGCGAGAGGCGGCCAAGUCUGAGCUCUGGCAGGAAAUUAACUCCCGCUUGGGACAGGAAGUGAGUUCUGUGAGGAUGGAGGCACAGAGCAGGGUGGGUGCUCUUAAAGCAGAGCUCGCUGCUCUGAUAGAAACGGCACAGCCUGGUAAGGCUGAAGUGGCGGCCAGUAUGGAGCGGUUCUGCCAAAACGCAGCGCUGCAGAGCCAAGUGUUUGAGGCCCGGAUGGAGAGGCUGUUUCAGGGGCUAGAGGAGGAGCAGCGGGCCUCCAGCCUGGCUCCUUCUUCUCCCUCCUCGUCCACAGAGCAAGUUGGCCAUUUGCGAGAGGACUUCUCAGUUAAACUCUCAGCUCUGAUCCAAGACAUUCUGCACUCAGUCGAGUAAAAGAGGCAACAUGGCCUCACAGAAAUCCGUGAAAUAGCCACGGAUUUCGCUUAACUCAAAAUCCGUGGAAUAGCCACGGAUUCGCUCAAAUUUCCGUGAAACUGACACGGAUUUCGCUACAAUGCAAGUUAAUGACAUAGUCAUAUCCCGUGGCUAUUCCAACAUACAAAGUGAUUAUGUACAUUCACUGAGUGAAUAUUUAGAAAAUAAAACAUAUAUUUCUCGCUACAAAUGUGAUCAAAAUCCAUUUUUAUGCAGAAAAUAAGUCAAAAUAUUGAUUUUUCACUAAAGAUGAGACAACUGUCCGCCAUGUUUUUUGUUCUGACCGCCGGAACCUUGAAAGUCACGUGACUUGGAACGAACCAAUAGCCACGGGAUAUGACUGUCAUUAACUUGCAUUCUAGCGAAAUCCGUGUCAGUUUCACGGAAAUUUGAGCGAAUCCGUGGCUAUUCCACGGAUUUUGAGUUAAGCGAAAUUCGUGGCUAUUUCACGGAUUUCUGUGAGACCAGGUUGAAAAGAGGCAACUCUAUAUUUAAACAGAAAACUACUAAUUAACUGCUGUUAUGGUCCUUUAACCCAUUGAAGUCUGGAAAGCGGAUACGUCGUUUUGUAGUAUUUGUAUAAGCUCUCAAAUACUUGUUGAAUUUCAUUUCUAUCUGCUACAGAGGCUGAAAAAUCUAUUAUUUAGUAGGAAGCGUUGAAACUUCUGUUGAAUUUUGGUUUUACAGGCAGUUUUAGGCGUCAAUGGGUUAAAGUGUUCAUGUCAUGACUUUUAUUCUUGUCCAUGAAUUUGGUUUGUUUGCCAAAGUAAGUAGCCUGUAAAUAUUUAUGAAUAUUUGGUUUUCACUGAUGUAUUUGUUUUUUGCUCUGUGUGUGAAUGUAAGUAUAUAUUUACUGUGUGCCAUAAUGUACAAAGACAUGUGUAAAGAGUGAAGUUAUCGAUGAUAGAAAUUGUUGUUUAUUAAUGAUGUAAUAUCAACCACAGAGUGCAACACCAAACUGAUUUCAAGCUUUAUUUUUAAUAUGUACAAAACCUAGAAACAGAUCUGACUUGUAUACUGCAGAUUAUAACGUGUUAAAAAAUAUAUUUAAAGUGUUUAAAGCAAUGAGAUUCUGUACAUGUUGCCCAAAACUGGUAAGACUUGUAGGUUGUUUUAAAAGCAA